CAGGACCCGCCCUACCUGCUAAGAGGCGGGGGAGUGGGGCGCAGACGCCCACCGCCGCAGGCGAGGUAACGAGGGUCUCAGCCAAUGGUCUCAGGCCGGCGGGAGCGCGGCGGUGACGUCCUGAUAUCCGGGGGAGAGCUUUCCUGGCCGGGCGCUCACGGAACUUCGGAUCUGAAGUGGGACUUUAUCCCUCGGGGGUGGUUGGACUUUAGGCCCCUGCAGCCCGGUCUGCGUCGCCGGGUCCCAGGUGCCGGCGACGCCUCCUCGGGAUCCUCGGACCGCGGGCCGCCACCAUGGACGGGACGGCCGAGCUGCUCUUCUACGUGAACGGCCGCAAGGUGAUAGAAAAAAAUGUCGAUCCUGAAACAAUGCUGUUACCAUAUCUGAGGAAGAAGCUCCGACUCACAGGAACUAAAUAUGGCUGUGGAGCGGGAGGCUGUGGUGCCUGCACAGUGAUGAUAUCACGAUGUAACCCCAUUACCAAGAGGAUAAGACAUUAUCCAGCCAACGCCUGUCUGAUUCCCAUCUGUUCUCUGUAUGGUGCUGCCGUCACCACAGUGGAAGGCAUAGGAAGCACCAAGACCAGGAUUCAUCCUGUUCAGGAGAGGAUUGCCAAGUGUCAUGGCACACAGUGUGGCUUCUGCACCCCUGGGAUGGUGAUGUCCAUCUACACGCUGCUGAGGAACCAUCCAGAGCCCAGCCUGAGUCAGUUAACUGAUGCUCUUGGUGGUAACUUGUGCCGUUGCACUGGAUACAGGCCCAUAAUCGAUGCAUGCAAGACUUUCUGUAAAACUUCUGGCUGCUGUCAAAGUAAAGAAAAUGGGGUUUGCUGUUUGGAUCAAGGAAUAAAUGGAUUACCAGAGUUUGAGGAAGGACAUGAGACAAAUCUAAAACUCUUCUCAGAAGAGGAGUUUCUGCCAUUGGAUCCAACUCAGGAAUUGAUAUUUCCUCCUGAGCUAAUGACAAUGGCUGAGAAACAACCACAAAGGACCAGGAUUUUUGAUGGUGAUAGAAUGACAUGGAUUUCUCCAGUGACCCUGAAGGAACUUCUAGAAACCAAAGUCAAGUAUCCCCAGGCCCCGGUUGUCAUGGGGAACACCUCUGUGGGGCCUGACGUGAAAUUUAAAGGCAUCUUUCACCCAGUUAUAAUUUCUCCUGAUGGAAUUGAAGAACUGAGUGUUGUAAACUAUACAGAUAAUGGACUGACCUUAGGUGCCGCCCUCAGCCUGGCUCAGGUGAAGGACAUCCUGGCUAAUGUGAUCCUGAAACUCCCGGAGGAGAAGACACAGAUGUACCACGCUCUCCUGAAGCAUUUGGGAACUCUGGCUGGAUCCCAGAUCAGGAACAUGGCUUCUUUAGGGGGCCACAUAGUGAGCAGACAUCCAGAUUCAGAUCUGAACCCCCUCCUGGCCGUGGGCAACUGUACCCUCAACUUGCUAUCAAAAGAAGGAAAACGACAGAUUCCUUUAAAUGAGCAGUUUCUCAGAAAGUGCCCCAGUGCUGACCUUAAGCCUGAAGAAAUCUUGAUCUCAGUGAACAUCUCUUAUUCGAGGAAGUGGGAGUUUGUGUCAGCCUUCCGACAAGCCCAGCGGCAACAGAACGCGCUAGCGAUAGUCAAUUCAGGAAUGAGAGUUUUUUUUGGAGGAGGAGAUGGCAUCAUUAGAGAGUUAUCCAUUGCAUAUGGAGGCGUUGGUCCAACCACCAUCUGUGCAAAGAAUUCCUGCCAGAAACUCAUCGGAAGGCGCUGGAAUGAAGAGAUGCUGGACGCAGCUUGCAGGCUGAUUCUGGAUGAAGUCUCCCUCCCAGGCUCAGCCCCAGGUGGGAGGGUGGAGUUCAGGAGGACUCUCAUCAUCAGCUUCCUCUUCAAGUUCUACCUGGAAGUGUCACAGAUUUUGAAGAGGAUGGAACCUGUUCACUAUCCUAGCCUUACAGACAAGUACGAGAGUGCUUUAGAAGAGCUUCAUUCCAGACAUCACUGGAGAACAUUAAAGUACCAGAAUGCAGACCCAAAGCAGCUUCCUCAAGACCCAGUUGGCCAUCCCAUCAUGCAUCUGUCUGGUAUUAAGCAUGCCACAGGUGAAGCCAUCUACUGUGAUGACAUGCCUGCAGUGGACCGGGAGCUGUUCUUGACCUUUGUAACAAGCUCAAGAGCUCACGCUAAGAUUGUGUCUGUGGAUCUGUCAGAAGCUCUCAGCCUGCCAGGUGUGGUGGACAUCCUGACUGAGGAACAUCUUCAUGGCAUCAACUCCUUCCACCUUUUAACCAAACCUGAGAAACUUCUAUCGACAGAUGAGGUAUUUUGCGUGGGUGAGCUUGUCUGUGCCGUGAUUGCUGAUUCCGAGGUUCAGGCAAAGCGAGCUGCGCAGCGAGUGAAGAUUGUCUACCGAGAUUUGGAGCCGCUGAUCCUGACCAUCGAGGAGGCUAUACAACACAAGUCCUUCUUCGAGCAAGAAAGGAAACUGGAGUAUGGAAAUAUUGAUGAAGCAUUUAAAAUGGUGGAUCAAAUUCUUGAAGGUGAAAUACACAUGGGAGGUCAAGAACAUUUUUAUAUGGAAACCCAAAGCAUGCUUGUUGUUCCCAAAGGAGAGGAUCAAGAAAUUGAUGUCUACGUGUCCACACAGUUUCCCAAAUACAUACAGGACAUAGUUGCUUCAACCUUGAAGCUCCCAGCUAACAAGGUCAUGUGUCAUGUAAAGCGUGUUGGCGGGGCUUUCGGGGGGAAGGUGAUGAAAACUGGCAUCAUGGCAGCCAUCGCUGCAUUUGCUGCAAACAAGCAUGGUCGUGCAGUCCGCUGCAUUCUGGAACGAGGAGAAGACAUGUUAAUAACUGGAGGCCGCCACCCUUACCUUGGAAAGUAUAAAGCUGGAUUCAUGAACGAUGGCAGAAUCUUGGCCCUGGAUGUGGAGCAUUAUAGCAAUGGAGGUGCCUCCCUGGAUGAGUCAUUACUUAUGAUAGAGAUGGGACUUCUGAAAAUGGAAAAUGCCUACAAGUUUCCCAACCUGCGCUGUCGGGCAUGGGCGUGCAGAACCAACCUUCCGUCCAACACGGCUUUGCGAGGGUUUGGCUUUCCUCAGACAGGGCUGAUCACCGAAUCCUGUAUUACGGAAGUUGCAGCCAAAUGUGGGUUGUCUCCUGAGAAGGUCCGAACGAUAAACAUGUAUAAGGAAAUUGAUCAAACACCCUACAAACAAGACAUUAAUGCCAAGAACCUGAUCCAGUGUUGGAAAGAAUGCAUGGCCAUGUCUUCCUACGCCCUAAGGAAAGCAGCCGUAGAAAAAUUCAACUCAGAGAAUUGCUGGAAGAAGAAGGGGCUGGCAAUGGUCCCCCUGAAGUUUCCUGUCGGCCUUGGAUCAGUUGCUGCUGGUCAGGCUGCUGCCCUGGUUCACAUUUAUCUAGAUGGGUCUGUGCUGGUGACUCAUGGUGGAAUUGAAAUGGGGCAGGGGGUCCACACUAAAAUGAUUCAGGUGGCCAGUCGUGAAUUAAGGAUGCCAUUGUCCAACAUCCACCUUCGGGGAACAAGCACAGAAAUCGUCCCUAAUGCAAACAUCUCUGGAGGUUCCGUGGUGGCUGAUCUCAAUGGGUUGGCAGUAAAGGAUGCUUGUCAAACUCUUCUAAAACGCCUUGAAUCCAUCAUCAGCAAGAAUCCUGGAGGCACUUGGAAGGACUGGGCACAGGCUGCUUUUGAUGAAAGCAUUAGUCUUUCAGCUACUGGAUACUUCAGGGGUUAUGAGUCGAACAUGAACUGGGAGACGGGCGAAGGCCAUCCUUUCGAAUACUUUGUUUAUGGAGCUGCCUGUUCCGAGGUUGAGAUAGACUGUCUGACAGGUGCUCAUAAGAACAUCAGAACAGACAUUGUCAUGGAUGUUGGCUGCAGUAUAAAUCCGGCCCUUGACAUAGGCCAGAUUGAAGGUGCAUUUAUUCAAGGCAUGGGACUUUAUACAAUAGAGGAACUGAAUUAUUCUCCUCAGGGGGUCCUGUACACUCGGGGCCCAAACCAAUAUAAGAUCCCUGCCAUCUGUGACAUCCCCACGGAGUUGCACGUUUCUUUGUUGCCUCCGUCUCAAAACUCAAAUACCCUGUAUUCGUCUAAGGGUCUGGGAGAGUCUGGGGUAUUCCUGGGGUGUUCGGUGUUUUUCGCCAUCCAGGACGCGGUAAGUGCAGCACGACAGGAGAGAGGACUGUUUGGACCUUUGAAGCUCAAUAGUCCACUGACCCCAGAGAAGAUUAGAAUGGCCUGUGAAGACAAGUUCACAAAAAUGAUUCCAAGAGAUGAACCUGGAUCCUAUGUUCCUUGGAGUGUACCCAUAUGAAUCAAAUACAAACCUCUGGCGAAGAUGGGGUGGCUCUUCCAACAAAGCAAUCUAUCCAGUCUCAAUGCUCUAGGAUGAUGAGUCUGAAAGACAAAUUUUCAUAGUUCAGAAAUCAUUUCACAGAGUAUUGCUUUUAUAGGAUGCUGAUUUUAAAUGUUCCAUUUGGAAUUUGGUAGAUAUGCUUAAGCUAUUUAGAAAUAAUAUUUUAAAUGGCAUAAAUGCUAACUGGUUUCCUCUAGAAUGGUAUUCUUUAUUAUUCUGUCCCUUAAAUCCAUCCAGCUGAAUGGAAUGGAAGAUGAUGGUUUGUAUGUGAUUCAUAGUUGGCUUGUAUCCACCAACAGAAAUUAUACUGUCUAGUGAAAGGCAA